AAUGCAUUUUGUUUCCAUGCAGAGUGUGAUGUACAGAGUCUGAAGGCCUUUGAUUAACAUGAAGAAGAGUAAAGGUCGAACAUGUCGAAAGAGGCAAAGAAAACAAUCGAGAAGUUUGUCUUUAUGUGGUGUAAAUCUUAGCCACAAAGACGAAUAUGUGCUUCUAAAGAAAUGGUUGAAAGAAAGAGGCUAUGAAGAUAAUAAAUUACGGCCAGCACAAUUUUCAGAGACAGGAAGAGGAUUGAUGACCACAAAAGCUCUUCAGGCAGAAGAGCUGAUUAUUUCAUUGCCUGAAAAAUGCUUGCUCACCACUGAUACUGUCCUUAGCAGCUACCUUGGAGAAUACAUCAUAAAAUGGAGACCCCCCAUUUCUCCUUUGGCAGCACUGUGUACAUUUUUAAUAGCAGAAAAGUGUGCUUGCAAGGAGGAAUCUCUGUGGAAGCCAUACCUGGAUCUCCUACCUGAAACAUAUACCUGCCCUGUUUGUUUGGAGCAAGAAACAGUGAACAUUUUCCCUGAGCCCUUAAGAAGAAAAGCCCGUGAGCAAAGAAAACGGGUCCAGGAGCUGUUUGUUUCGUCCCAGCCAUUUUUCUUCUCCUUACAGCCUCUGUUUUCUGAAGACGUAGCAUCUGUCUUUAACUAUAGUGCCUUUCGGUGGGCCUGGUGCACCGUUAAUACCAGGACAGUGUAUAUGAAACAUUCUCAGGGGGACUGUUUUUCUAUGGAGUCAAAUACAUACGCCUUGGCCCCUUACUUGGAUCUGUUAAAUCACAAUCCAGCUGUCCAGGUGAAAGCUGCAUUUAAUGAGAAGACAAAGUGUUAUGAAAUAAGAACACUUUCAGGCUGUCAAAAAUACAAAGAAGUAUUUAUUUGUUAUGGCCCACAUGAUAAUCAGCGCCUGCUUCUCGAAUAUGGUUUUGUUGCAAACUCUAAUCCACACAGCAGUGUGCAUGUUGGGACAGAAACCUUACUCAAAUAUAUCCUUCCAGAAGAUAAGCAGAGGCAUACGAAACUUUCAAUUUUACAAGAAAACAACCUUUUAGAUAAUCUGACAUUUGACUGGGAUGGGCCAUCUUGGAGACUUCUUACGGCUCUCAAGCUGCUAUGUCUCGAAGCAGACCAAUUUACUUCCUGGAAGAAAGUGCUGCUUGGCAAUGUAAUUUCAAAGAGGAAUGAAAAGAAGAGUUUGGAUCUCGCAACAAAAAUAUGUAUGUCAUUGACAGAGGAGACCCAGCAUGCCCUUCAGAAGAUUUCUCUGUUAAAAAGUGAUUGCCAGCAUCUUGCAAGCCAGCUAACUUUGGUUGAGGCACUGCGUACAGAAGACCUAAAGAUCUUGCAAAUGUCAGCGGAGAUUCUUCAGCAUUUACAUUCCACCACAAUCUGACCUCCUUGGAACAGAGUUGCAUCACACAAUAGAAAACCUGGUGUGUAGUGGACCAUAUAACACCAGUCCUAAAGGAUCUGUACUGGCUUCCAGU